UACUUCUGCAAUUUAUGAUUCAUAUCAGUUUCCCCCACUCAAUAACUCAACUACUUCGACUUUCAUCAGCUAUUAGUAGUACAAGGAGUAAUAUACACUCCAAAAAGAAAAAGUAAUCACUCUCCUCUCUCUCUAUGGAUCAACAAACCUGUUUUGUUUUGCUAUUGCCACCCUUCAUCUUCUUCACUAUCUUCAUCCUCAAACACUGUCAAAACCGAAACCAAAACCUACCACCAUCUCCACCAUCUCGCCCACUAACCGGCCAUCUCCACCUCCUCAACAUCAAGAAACCCUUCCACAUCAUUCUGGCCUCCCUCUCCUCCCACCUGGGCCCCAUCUUCUCUCUCCGCCUCGGCUGCAAAUCCUUCCUCAUCAUCUCCUCUCCCUCCGCCGUCGAAGACUGCUUCACCACCAACGACGUCGUCUUCGCCAACCGCCCCUCCUCCGUCGCCGCAGACCACCUCACCUACAACUACUCCGCCUACGCGUGGGCCCCCUACGGCCAGCUGUGGCGGGACCUCCGCCGCCUGACCGUGGUCGAGCAGUUCUCCUCGCGCAGCCUCCAAAGAUCCGCCCAUAUUCGAGAAGAGGAGACGCUUCGGAUUCUGCGGCGGCUGCGGAAGGAGAGUGGGACUGGGAGGAGAUUUGACCUGAGCCACGUGAUCUCCGCCUUGAGCUUCAACGUCAGGAUGAGAGGUAUCGCUGGGAAACUGUGUGUCGGGGAGGAGGAGAUCGGGACGGAGGCGGGAAGGGAGAUUCUGCAGUCGAUGCGUGGGAUGUUCUCACCUAUCGUGUUGUUAGGUAUGUGUGAUUACUUUCCGAUUUUGAGAUGGAUUGGAUACAAAGGGCUGGAGAAGAAGGCAGUGUUGUUGCAGAGGAAGAGGGAUGAGUUUUUGCAGGCCUUGGUCGAUGAAAUCAGACAAGACAAGGACAAGUACAAGGACGAGGACAACGAUUUGAAUUUGAUUCAACGUCUACUGUCGGUGCCUCAUCUCUACAACGAUCAAGUCAUAAAGAGUAUUAUACUGGUACUGCUGACGGCCGGAACAGAUACCUCUGGCUUGACAAUGGAAUGGGCCAUGUCGAAUCUGCUGACUCACCCCCGCGUCCUGCGAAAGCUACAACAAGAGAUACACCAAAACAUAGGCCAUGAUCACCUGAUCAACGACGCCGAUCUCCCCAAGCUCCCAUACCUUCGUUGCGUUGUCAACGAGACUCUGAGGCUGCACCCUGUGGCUCCGCUGCUCAUACCCCACUUCUCGUCAGACCGGUGCAGGGUCGGGGGGUAUGACAUCCCCCGGGGCACCAUCCUGCUGGUGAAUGCCUGGGCCCUGCACCGCGGCCCAGUCCAGUGGGAUGAGCCGGACAAGUUUUAUCCGGAGAGAUUUGAGGGUUUGGAGGCGGAGAGGGAAGGGAGCCGGUUCUUGCCGUUUGGGAUGGGGAGAAGAGCUUGCCCCGGGGCUGCCAUGGCCAUGAGGACGGUGUCGUUGGCGUUGGGUGCGCUUGUGCAGUGUUUCGACUGGGGAAUUGGGGAUGUUGAGGUUGAUUUUGGGGUGGUUUCGGGUGUUACAUUGCGUAAGGCAAAGCCUCUUGAGGCUAUGUGUGUUGUGAGGAAUGAAGCAGUGCAUCUACUUUAGAUCCAUCAUCACUUUGAUUGAGGAUGUGGAGUUGUUUACUCUUGUUUUGCUAUGGCUUUGAUUUGAUUUGGUUUGGUUUGUGUUGUGCCUUGAUAAUAGGCUGGUUUUAAUUCAAAUUCAACUGCUAUGUUAUUAUUAUUAUUUUUA